AGGUUCGCUUGGUUGGUGGAAAGAACUCUUCUGAAGGCCGCGUUGAAGUGAAAAUUAACGGGGAAUGGGGAACAGUAUGUGGUGAUCAUUGGCAUGUGAAAUCCGCCAUGAUCGUCUGUAGGGAACUGGGUUUGAAUUUUGCGGAAAAGAAUAUCACCGGAAACGAGUUUGGUGUUGGUGAAAAAAUAGUGAUGAGUAAACCAAUCUGUAUUGGUGAUGAGAUAUCGCUGACGCAAUGUCUCCGUGACGACAACGUCACGUGUUCAUCCUCUGAAAAAGUUGCCGGCGUUCGUUGUACUGAUGGUAAGACCUACCACUUGCAUGGAUCUCAAUCUGAGUCCAAGUAACAUGAGUCGUCCCAGACCACCCCUCGUUCAUCUGGGCUAACAUCUCACCAUCCAAAUAGGUCAUGGUGUUAAAAAUGGAGAGUAGGGAUUUUGCUUAGGUUGGAUAACUUUACUAUACUUGAAAGCUCAUGUAAGUAAAGUCUGCUACUUCUCUGCUAUGCUUCGUCGCUUCGAGAGUUUUCUCCCUUAUCAAAAACUAACUAUAGUCUAACUAUUAAACUAUAUACUAACCACGAGAUGAAUGGGGAAACCACACCCCAUGUAAUCGACAUAACUCAUUAUCAUAACUCAUUAUCCGACAAUUGAUAUCCAAAGAUCCAUUAAUUUAUUAGCCUAACAAGCCCUAACUGAAAUUUUCUAUCUUCUGCUUUCUAGCGCUACCCGACUUGGCAUUGAGUAUACGUGGCAUUUAUAGAACUCUUCGCGUGGAUUACUUGCCUAACACCAUGUUGCGUUGUUCUUGGGAGGAAAACUGCUUGACAAGCUCAGCCAAUAGGUAUAUGAACAAUUUCUAUAUGCGAUAUUAUAGAAGGCGUUUGAUGAGAUUUAGUACGAUCAUAUUAAAUUUUGGCUCCGCCGACUACCGACCAUUAGCGAAGAAAGAAGACUGGAUUUGGCAUACUUGUCACAAACAUUUUCACUCGCAAGAAGAAUUCGCCACCUAUGACUUGUUGAGUAAGUAACAUUCUGUCACCUUCCGUGGUCUCUUGAGCUUAUUCCAUUUUCCUAGUUGUGAUACUACUCCUACAGCUAGCGCGUAGCAAACACAUAACCAGGAACUGAUUCUUCCAGCAGGGGCAAGUAAUGAAUGCAACAGGCCCGUAUCUGAGGGGGGAGGGGGGGGGGCUGUGGAGGGCAGUGCUCCCCAUCCGGAGACACAAAUUGAAAUCAUGACCCCGCCCCCAAAACGCACAAAAUUUGUUCUUUUUGAUUUUAAUCAUUUUUGCCGAAGCUACAAUUGACCCUGGUUUACUUUAUAAUCGGAUUAUAUUUGCUGUGGCUCCCAUGUUUGGUUAAGUUCAUUUAUAGCUAGAAAGUUGAUUUUUUAUGUUUAGUUUAAAGUUUUAAGAAAUAUUAAAAGGUUAAAUCUAAUAUUCUUCACGGUCUAGAAGAACGUAUUUUUACCAAUUUUUCCAGGGCUGCGACCAGAAACUGGCACAAAAACAUCCCCUCAGCUAAAUUUUUCAGCAGUGCCCCCCUCCCCCCAGAAAUUGAGAGCCAGCUACGGGUUUGGAAUGCAAUUAGGAAGCGAGCAACCUAGGGGCUCCAAACAGAGUCCAAACACUGACUAAAUAUUAUAUUCUGACUGUCCCAACCGUACAUCGAUCCGAAGCUGAGGGUCGUCCUCGCCCGACCCAAUGAUUCCCAUCAGCCGCAAAGUUCCUGGUGCAAAUCUUAUUCGUGGAGGUAGCGACGAUAUAACAUGACAGCUACGCGUUGAGACGACUUUACGACUUUACAUUGCUUCCUACGCCCGCAGCAUAUGCUAAUGAGAACAAGUUGUUUUCAUAAAGUUGUUAAACCGUUUUCAGCUUCAGAUAAAAGAAGACGAAAAGUAGCCGAAGGGCACAAGGCAAGCUUCUGCCUGGAAGACACGCGCUGCCUGGCUGGAGUAGACAGGACGUAUAAUUGCACUGCUGGAACACAGGGGAUCUCAGUGAACUGUUUUGAUGACUACGCCUAUAGUAUAGAUUGUCAAUGGAUCGACGUCAGCGAUGUACCUUAUCUCAGAUCGUACAUACUACAUGUAAACAUCAAUCCUAAAUUUGAAGUGCCUGAAACUGAUUUCGACAAUAAUGUUGUGGUGUGUGAUAUCUAUGAUAGAGGAUCGUUUAUUCGCGUAAGGGAUUGUGGUUAUGGUGAGUGCAUUCUCGAAUAUCCGAAAAGUUGUUAGCUGCUGUUUAGCUUAUCUGUGGCGUUUCUGACAUUUCGACACUUUUUGUCAAAAAUACACUAAAUUAUGAAUAUAUGACAAUUGAUUUCAAGCGCCAUGUUUUUUUUUACUAUGUCCACAAAAAUAGGUUGCCACACCCACGGUACUGAUACCCUGGCCAAGAGCCUGGGAAUGGGCCUUCACCAUUUCAUUAAGACUAAAUUAUUUCUUAUUCAACAUUUCUAGAUUACUGCACAAGUGGUCUAAGGUCACAUGAUGGCAAUGCAAACCGAGCAUGCUGUGUGUUUCCAUUCAGAUAUCGAGGGGUUUGGUACGAGACCUGUACUAAAUUUAGUGUUGACAGAUAUUGGUGUUCGACAACUACAAUCUACGAAGGAAAGUGGGGACUGUGUUAACUUUGUUUCACAGUCACUGGUCGUGGACUAGACUUAUUACUGAAUUUUAAGGUCUCUAUCAAAUAGUUAUUAUUUUUAUACUGUAUAAAUUCUUUAUGACCUACGCGAAAUAUAUUCUUUCUCUAAAA